AUGAGGAGCAGAGGCAGGGGAGACGCUCCGCAAACGCCGCUGUAAAUAAAUACAACAAUCACUGAGGCCAGAGAAACAUGGAGAACCAGUGCACAGUGCAGGUGAAGCUGGAGUUGGGCCACAGAGCUCAGCUGAGGAAAAAAGUGACAUCAGAAGGCUUCACCCAUGACUGGAUGGUGUUUGUUCGAGGGCCAGAGACCGGCGACAUCCAGCACUUUGUAGAGAGAGUCGUCUUCCGCCUGCAUGAGAGCUUCCCCAAACCCAAGAGAGUAUGCAAGGAGCCUCCAUACAAAGUAGAGGAAUCGGGCUACGCAGGCUUCCUCAUGCCUAUUGAGGUUUACUUCAAGAACAAGGAGGAGCCAAAAAGGGUUUGCUUCAACUAUGACCUGUUCCUUAACUUGGAGGGCAACCCACCUGUCAACCACCUACGCUGUGAGAAGCUCACCUUCAACAACCCCACCAAAGAAUUCAGAAGAAAGCUGAUCAAAGCCGGAGGGAUAUUGGUGGUCCCUGAAGGGGAGGCUGUGUCGAGGCCCAGUCCGGAUUACCCAAUGCUCCCCACCAUCCCACUUUCUGCCUUCUCAGACCCCAAGAAGACCAAGACCUCUCAUGUAUCAAAGGAACCCAGCAAAGAAGGAAGUGGUGGCAGCAGCAAAGGACCCAAACCACACAAGCUGACCAAGGAGCACCGGGAACGACCACGAAAAGACUCUGAGAGCAAAGCCACGUCAAAAGGAGACGAGAGAGAUGGAAACAGCAAGAGUAGCCGUGACCCUUCCUCAUCGUCGUCUUCGAAAAAGCCUGCAGAGAUCAAAGUAAAAGAUGAAGUUAAGGUCCUACCCAAGGCAGCUUUCAAGGAGCCUAAACUCACUCUGAAGGAAUCAAAGAUGGAGGGCAUGUCCCCUAAAGGUGGAGGGGCAGGAAGCGGAGGGGGAGGUGGGGGAGGAGGCGGGGGAGGGCCGGUGGAGUCCAAAGCUCCGGGGAAACGACCCUCCACGGUGGAGUCUCCCAAACCCAGCGCUAAGAAGCUGAAGAAGGGCAGCUCUGAGGGACCGAAGGGGCCGACAGGUGGGGCCUUCACAGGAACAUCGCCUCGGGUCUCUUCGUCCUCUGCAGCCAGCCAGGCCUACGCCGAGAAGAAGCCCCCCAAAGAAAAAGGGCGCUGGCCCAAAAGCAAAACUGAAACACAGGAGCUGAAGGAGCACAAGAAACUUCAAGAGUCAGAGGAGUCAAAUUCGGAGGAUGAAGCGUCAUCCAAGUCAGAGCAGUCGGCUCCUUCGAGUCCCUCCAAUUCCAGUUCCAGUUCUGACUCCAGUUCAGAUUCAGACUUUGAGCCUGUACAGAAACAAGGACAAGGCCCGCUGAGAUCCAUGGUGGAAGAGAUCCAGUCAGAAGAGUCGGACGAUGACGACAGCAGCUCAGAAGAAGAGACGCCCAUCAAAACUAACCCAGCCAACCGCGACUCUCGACUCAGCCUGGACAGCGAGAGUGACAGCAGUGACGGCUCACACCGCCCCAGUCGAGACCCCGCCCCACCCCCACAGAAACACAGCUCCUCCAAUAACAAAGUGGUCAGAAAGAGUCCAGAUUCCUCAUUUCGCUCAGAGAAGGUGAUGAAGAAGGGAUACGACAAGGUAGGAAGGGCCUACACGGAAGAACUGGUGGACCUCCACCGCAGACUGAUGGCAUUAAGGGAGCGAAACGUCCUCCAGCAGAUUGUCAACCUGAUCGAGGAGACGGGCCACUUCAAUGUGACAAACACCACCUUUGACUUUGACCUCUUUUCACUGGACGAGUCCACUGUCCGCAAACUACAGAGCUACCUGGAAGCGACGGCCACGUGACAGGAAGCAGAAGCCGGUGUGUGGAUGUCAGCGGCGGAGGUAGCCUCGCCAUUAACGUCUGCUCUUUAAGGAGGAGACGAGCAGCCAAAUCUGCCGCAGCCUUUUCACAAGCCCGACUGAAGCAUCAACCAACUACCACACGAACAAACGCAAGCACACAACACCACCUUCGGAUGGCCCUGGGGAGAAAACUGGAGGAGGCGAGGGCGGGAAUGCCACAGAAUCUGUACUCCGUCUAUAGCCAGGAUUUUCACUACACAUCUCUUGUCUUGAGUAUGUGCAGAGCUGUGGAAUUCACCCCACACCCCUUUCAUUCACCCUCCUGCACUCAUAUUGCUCCGCCUUUACAAACCUAAUACUUCCCCUCCUUCUCCUCUUCUUCCCCGUUGACAUCCACACUCCUUACUUGGCAGAACACUCCAGUUCCCUCCCCCUUGUUGUCAGCUGGAGCUCAUUUCUCUCCCAACAUAUUCUUGAGUUUUGUGUUUGUGUGUGUGUGUGUGUGUGUGUGUGUGUAUGUAUGUGUGUGUGUGUGUGUCUUCUGAGGUUAAAGAGAUGCUGUCUUUGUGGUUACUGACUUCUCUUUGUUUGUUAAACUUGAUCAUGAACAGCUGCUUCAGUUCCUUCCUCAAACACACACAUGCAUGCCAACAAACAUUUAGGUUGCACUUGACUGUUAGCCCCCCUAUUUAGCAUCGAUUGCUAGCAUAAAACACUGACUUAAUGUGACUUUAGAGCACACUUUAAUGUAGUUGCAAGCACAUAUGUUUAUUAGUCAGAAAAAAAGAAAACUUUAGUUUAACUGACUCAAACAGACGUGAGGAGACACUGACCUUGUGUCAUCAGUUAUGAUUGACAUUUAACUGAACUCCUCAAAUGGCCUCACAAGUCUGGGUUGGUGUUUAAGCUCAGAAUGAAUGAAAAUGUGUUAAAUAUAAAAAGUCUUUAAAGGAAAAUUGUUAGCAAGUACAUUAAAGUGUGUGUAUUUUUUUUUUAAAGUUCUUGUACGUGCUAAAAGGGGGGUAGAAGAACGAACAUUUCCUCUGCUUCUUCCACUUCACUGUACAUGAAAACACUGAGAUGUCAGCUGUGUGUCUGCGUGAGACUGCUGAGGUUUUUCUGUUAUCUGAACAUCUGAAAACAUGUUCUGUUGAGUUUCCCCUCUGCUUCCUCACACUGAAAGCUGAGCCUUGACCUCCUACCAACAACUCCCCCUCCCUCCCUCAAAAAGGCCCCUUACACCUCCCCCCUCCAUCCUCCCUUAUUCCCUAUAAUGGCGUGCAUGAAAGGGCUCGACUGCUCGCGACCAGAGCGAUGGAGGAUCACUCCUGAAUUGCCUUUCUAGGUGGUGGGUAGGGGAGGGUGGGUUUAAAAAGCCGUGAAAAAGUAGCCAUACUUGUUUCCCAGAAUCCAAAAAUAAGAGUAAAAUAGGGGCCACGCUUUUUUAUGUUUUAUUUUUCUACAAGUGCAUUUUGUGUAUUUAUUCCCAGACUGCGGUUAAGAUAACCUGUGAGCUAUGAAUGUAUAUCACUUUUACUUUUCUAAGGCUAGCAACAGCCCCACUCUAGUGCCUUUUUCUGCAACUUGCAGUGUGAGGGGGGGUGCGCGGUCUGUUAGUCAUGCCCACACAGAUUCAAGACCAACCCCCCCCCCUACAAUACCCCCCUUGGGGAAACAAGUGUUAAUUGGGAUGCCUGAAAAUCCAGUAUUGUCUUAAUGGCUUCCAUCCCUUCCAGUGUCUUUUAAGGCUGUUUUCCUUUUAUCAAAAUCUCUGUUCAUGGAGCCGGCUAGAUGGUGAUUCGUCAUUGAUGGGUGGUCAUGUUUUUGUGUUCUUGCUCUCUGAGAUUAGGUUUAGGAUUUUUUACUUUUUUUUUUUUUUUUAAGAGGAAGCACCAGUUGACUGUGGUAGUUUCUCAGUUUAAUUAGCUCUAGUAAGAGCUGUGCCAGCUGUGUUUUUGCUUUGUGUGUUUUGUGAGAGUGUUGUUGUUAAAAAAAAGAGUCCGGGCUCUCUCUUGAAGCAGCUUCAAUCGUUUGAACUAAUGGUGGGGCAUUUGAUACGUGGAUGGCAAGCACUUACACAGCAACAAUAAUGGACAUGUAAGCAGAACAAGGAGCAAAGAAAACUUUUUUUUUUCUCAUUUCUCUCCCUUCAGAGGCUGGAAUUGUUUCACUGAGGCCUGAAUCGAGAAGUCAGACUCUUUAUGGAUAACUCGCUUUAAAGGUUUAACAAAACUGGCUCCCAUUAACCAACUAGCAGAUUAGUGAGCAUCAGCUUCAUGGCUUAGUUGGUUUAAUAAUGAGCAUAAACAACAUUGCACAUUGUAGAUUUGCUUUUCUUUACACAUUUAAUAUAUUAAUUAGCAGCAAAAACAGUUUUCUGUUCUUCUUUCUUUAAAAUAUUGUAUGAUUUUGUUAGAGAAAGCAGUAGAUUAUACUCUGAUUGACACUGGCCGAUAUUGGCAUAUAUCACAACCCCAAGCAGUUGGUAAAUAAACUUGUGUGUCCUCUGUGGUGGACAGUGUUUUAAAACAGUUUUUGUCAUGUCUGCACUUCAGUUGCUUGUUAUUUAUCUUACAAAUAUGCUGACAGGCUACCAGACUUAUGCUUAAGUCUGUCAGUUAGUUUUGAAAGAGGAAAUUGGGAUAUGCACCAACAUUUUAUGAGGCUUCCUUUAACCAUCCUCCUUCAACUUUGAUUUUAUCUGGCCUGGCAGUUUUUGCAUACUCUUUAAGACAAAUAAAUGGCACUGAAAACAUACCUGCAGGUUUACUGGCCUUCUUCUACCAAGGAUGUCACAGGAAAUAAAUUGAGAAAAACAGGGAGAUAAAGCCAAAUUCCUAAUUUUAUCCCUUAUACCUAUGCCUCCAUUUUGCAGAGCCAUCCAUCUACAUGGCCUAAAAGCUGUAACUAAAACAAGUGGUUGCACCUAUUCUACCCAUCAAUUUCUAACAUAUAGUGCAAAGCAUGCUACCCAUGGCUACCAACAUGAUCAACAUAAACCUUUUUAAUGCACUGAUAGGUACUGCAAAGAUUAUUAUGCUCCAUUACGGCAGCUCAGAGGAUCACACUGGAACUGGGUCUGAACAGUUUUAGAAAUCAAAGUGACAAUCAUGAGUUUAACAAAUUUACAUCUACACACUAAAAAUGAGCACCUAGGUAAUUACGUCGAGUUGUUUUCAGUGCAGUCUUUUUAUUAGGAUGUAUGAGACGAAGUUAAUAAAUCCCAGGCACUUAUCAAAUGAAUUAAUAAAUAACUGAAAGCCAUGAUUAGGUUAGCAGAUUCGUCAUGGUUACAGUGGAUGUUGCACUCUGAUUUCAACAACUUGAUUAUAGUUUAUGACUGCGCAGUAUAUCAGAAAUGUAACAUUAUUGCAGUAUACAUAUCGCUAAGGCUUCUGGCUUUAAACAGGACAAACACAGGUGUAUUAAUGAGGGCUGCACCCCAUUUUAGAGGAAGAUUAGCAUCUAUUGAAAUAUUUAUGUAUUGCUAGUCAUAUCAUUGUAAUAUUCAGCAAUGACAUCGCAUGUUCCGUGUUUUCCUAACAUCAUACAGCCCUACUGCAAUUUAAAUAUGACCAGAUAAAUACUGGGGGUCUGACAGGCAUGUAGAUGUUUGUUUUGUUUUUGUUUUUUUUUAACCAUGAAAUAAUGAGCAAUAACUUUUGUUGAACCAUACUGUAUACAGACUUUCUCUUUAGCUUUCCAUAUCAGUGAACAUAGAAGCACAGUCUCUAGAUAUUCUCUGUACAAUAUAAUACCAACUCUUCAGUUGUAGCGUAUUUUAAGGUUUGAUUAUUGUAUUAUUUGAUUAUUAUGUAUUUUUAUGUCUUUUUUAUAUUUACUGUAUAUCCCCUUCUUGUUUUUAGUUUUUUUUUUUAUAUUUGUAACUCCCUCGUGUUUUGUUGUUGCACUGACCAAAUCUCACCAUCGGUUUCACCGUAUUAUCAGUGACACUACCGUUGAUCCAUUUGGCUGCAACUGGCAGUGGGUUAACACAACCAGGAGCCAGUUUUGUGAGACCAGUUUAUAGUCUUUUUCUGAAGCUGCAAAACCUCCAGAAACAGAUGAACUUGCUUCAUGAUUCAGGCCCCUCAUGUAUUAAUUCCUUUGGCCCUUCUUGGCUUCAAACACACAGGCUUACAAUGCAGACACACCAGCCCACUGUGGGACAGUCCUUUGGUAAGCAGUCCACUUCCUCGCCUCCUCAUCUUCCUGCUGAUGGUGUUUUUAUUCUGACACUUCGAUUUAAUAGCUUUAAUACUUGGCCCUCUUUUUCCUGUUGUCCCACCACAUGUACACACCCUCUUACUGUAAACAUCGUCUGAGCACGGAAAUUUUUCUCAGUUUAAAAAAAGAAAAGAAAACCUGGAUCCACGCCGCCUUAUGUGCCCUGCAGUAACCUCCCUUCUGCCCUCUCCCCCCUCUCCCCUCCGUGCCACCUUCCUCUCCUCAAGGUGUGCCUCUGUCAACAGAACUUCAGGCCGUGGUUUCUGAGAACUAACUUUGCAGCUGUGUGAGUGACGUAUGCGAGUGUGUUCGUCAGUUGAUGAAGAACAACUUUCUGUCCUCCUCUCUGUGCACCGAUGUGGGAACUUUUAAGUCCUAGUUCAUGAACUCUGACCUUUGACCAGGCACUCAUUCAGUCCCUUUUGGUGGUGGCGGCGAGGGGGCGAAGCCCCUCUGUCUAUCCACAGUCAAUGUUUUAUUUAUGGACCUCUGCACUUUUGGCUGUGAUGACUUCAGUACUUAAGUAGUUACCUAAACUGUAUUUUUAAGGAUUUUAUACAAUAUUUACAUGCAAUACAAUAUGAAUUGAGUUUUUUUAUUUGCCAACUUUUUUGGUUUUGUUAUUUAAUUGUCUUUACUUUGGCAUGUGUUGUCAUCUUUCACCAACAAACAUGCCUGUUGAAUCUAAUUUUGGCAUGAUGUUGUUAUGCGGGGAUGUUCUCUGUACGUUUUUUGUGUUUCUGAAUUCUGAUGACAGCUGAACACGAAGAAGCUGGUGUAGGAAAAUCUUUGCUGGAUGAACGAAACGUUGUCCCCCUCUGCUUUGAGUACAAAUAACUGGACCAGAAGGGAGGACACCAGUUUUGUUUUGUUUUUUUCUUCCUUGUGUCAUGUAUGGCUCGCUCUGAUUUUUGUACGCAUUCAUAGGAGUGUCAUUGUCACUUGAUUUAGGGAUAACUUAAGCAUGAAGAAACGCACCAUAGGAUACAAAGUUGCAAAGUGAGGGAAGCUGUUCUGGUGGUAAAAGUGUCAUUUGUUUUAGCCAGAAAUGGGGAAAUUAAUAAAAAUAAAUAAUUAAAAAUCUGUAACUUAAUUACUCCCAGGAUGUAUUGCUACAAGCUGUAAAGAUAAAGGUUUGGUGAAAACACAACUGCAGUUUGGAUCGGAUUGAAUAUAGCAUGUAUGGUGCCUUGAUUAUUUUAAAAUCAACUCUUUUUUUAAGUUUAUACUUUUCUUACUUGUAUGGACUAUUUUUCCUCAACUGAGCUGAGGAUCAUGGGUACUGUAGUGUUUAAGAGUCAUGCAUUGGACAAAAACAAAAAAUCCUUAAAGGUGAUCAUACGACCCAGAAUUUGUAAUAUUAUUGAAAACAGACAGAAAAACAACAGCAGUCCCUUCACUUUCUAACUCUGUGACAGUGGAACAUUUCAGCUGAGACUAUAUUAUAUAUAUGUGUAUGAUACUACAAAGGUAGAUUAUCUACUGUGUGGAUCUUUAGCAGACAAAGUAAAAGAGCAAAUGGUUCCUUGCAGAUGUGUGGAGGUGGGUGGGAGGGGCAUGUGCAGACGGGGUGUUUCCUGUGUCAGUGGUGUCAUAAUGUGUCUGUGACAAGGGGACAAGGUUGUCUGUAUUUCUAAAGGUUUAGUUUUUUUGUUUUGUUUUUUUUAAUGGGGCUAAAGGGGGAGGGAUGGGGAGGGUUGAGUAUGAAAUGUGUUCCAUGUAUGUGGUCAAAGCAACAACGGGCAGAACAAAUGAACUGGAUAGCAGAAGAACAAUUUGGUAUUUUUAAAAAGAAACACUUGGCAUUGCGAUGCCACCAUGUGGCCAUGUGAUGCAAGUCGUUAACAAGGAUGAAACAUGUUAUUUUAAUGUUAAUUUUUAUUUGGAAAUCAUAUUAUUAAUAAAGUCAUUAAGUACUGUU